AUGUAUCGAACAUGCUUUUUUAUAAUGAUUUAUUUUCCAAUUAUUCAUGCAUUUACUUGUGGACAAUCCAGUAUAAAACCAAAUGAUCUAUCGAGUACAAAAAUAAUUAAUGGUACCGAAGCUCGACCUCAUAGUUGGCCGUGGAUAGUGUCGCUUCAACAUCCAUUACUGGGACAUUUUUGUGGAGGUUCAGUGAUCGAUGCUAAUUAUGUGAUAUCAGCAGCUCAUUGCUUUUUUAACAUUUUUUUUUACGACAGCAUUGUCUUUAUUGGAAAUCAUUAUCUCACUGAUCGCGUUGAGUAUCGAACAAUAAGUGCAGUUAUAAUUCAUCCUUUGUACACAUUGGUUGAUGGCAGUCCGGACGACAUAGUACUUCUUAAACUAAAUCAAUCGAUCGAUAUUAAAUCUUAUCCACCAAUUUGCUUACCUACAAAUGAUUCAGCUAUAUUGGAGUUACCCGGACAAAGGUUGACCAUUGCAGGUUGGGGGCUGACGAAUGAGAGUGAAUCGUCAAAUGUGUUACUUCAGACAACAUUAUCAAUUUUUGAUUCUUCAAUCCCAGAGUGUCAUCCUUUUAUGAAUGAUACGAAUAAACAGUUAUGUGUCGGUGUCAUCGGUGGAGGAACUGGAAGUUGUUCGGGUGAUAGUGGGGGACCACUGAUGGGUGAGUAUGACAACCGCUUUUAUCUUGUUGGCAUCGUCUCCAGUGGUAUUAAUGGAUGUGGCAAUGUUUCUUCUUUGUACAUACGUGUCCGAGCAUUUAUCAAUUGGAUAUGCGAGCAGGACUCGAACAUAGCACACUGCUCGGCAAUGAACAUUAUGACUUCUUUAUCAACUGCACGGUCAACUUCGCCGCUAUCGUGGACACCAUCGUCGAUAUCGCCGCCUACGACACCUGAUGAAAUUAUAAAAUCUACUACUAUCAAAAAUGGCAAUAUAAGCAAGCAAACAAUAAUCAUCAUUGCAAGUGUUGUACCGAGUGCUUUCUUGAUUAUUGUUAUCGGGACCAUCGUUUUUUCUUGGUACACCAAAUGCUAUAAGCACUUGAGAACAGGUGUAAAUCACCAAUCCAGCGUUGAACUAAACCCCUACAGGAGAGAUAAUAUUUCUUAA